CAAUAGGGUAGAUUUUUGUUCCAAUAUUUUCGAAUUUGUGUUAUAAGCACAAAAAACAAAUUUAGAUCACUUAAUAAAAGAUGCUCUCCGAAGAGCCUCUCCGCUCCCUCUCCCUCUCCGACUCCGACGAGACGGGAUCCAGCUCCCGGAUAUCCUUCUCAUCGGAGUUUCUCGACGAGAGCAACUUCAUCACCAUAUGCCCCAGCCCUCGGGCGGAGAGGGAGGAGCGAUGGCCCGGGGUUGACUUCGAGUUCCUCUCCGGAAACCUAACCAGCAUGAUCGCUGCCGACGAGCUCUUCAGCGAAGGAAAGCUGCUCCCCUUUCGCCCAAUCCAUCACACCGCCAAUGGGAUCCGCCUGAAACCCGACGAGGCGCUGGUGAGAGUCGAACACGGUGAAAAGGAUCGGGAGGCCAGGAUGGCGUGGUUCCUCGACGAGGAUCCGUCUCCUCGACCUCCCAAAUGUACCGUUUUGUGGAAGGAGUUGCUCAGGCUGAAGAAGCAACGCCCUUCCAUGCUUUCACCGUCAAAUUCUUCUUCUUCUUCUUCUUCUUCUUCCUCUUCCCGAACUUCAGUAGCUAAAGUUCGGGGAGAGGCAGUGGGGAAUAAUGAGAAAAGUAGCAAUAAAUUGAAGAAAGGAUCGUUUAGUAUAAGAAUUAGGCCGGUUUUGAAUGUGCCUAUUUGCAUUCAGGCGAAGAAUGCUGCGCUGCCGCCAUUGUUUUCCACCAGAAAAGGUAGAUCAUAGAUGAGAGAGAGAGAGAGUUUGGUUUAAUGGUUAUGGUUGCAUUGAUUUCAUGUUAUUUUGUUAGGGUUUGUUAUAACUGAAUUGAAUUGACAACUGAAUCUGGUUGUAUGAUUUGGUUGAUGUGUAACUGUUUCAAUCUCUAAUUAAAUCUUGAUCUCUUCUUAUGUUA